AUGUCCCCUAACAUAUCGUCUGCUGUUCUUCAAGACCCGGACUGUGAGAAAGCCUGGUACAGGAAGGCUCCAGGUAAUGAAUCGGUGUUGGAGUGUUUGUCAGAUGGACAACUUCAUGGAAACCAAAGCAGACACCCGCUGGUUGUUGAUGUGAGCGAGAAAAACAUCACAAUCACUGAAUGCGUCGAGCUUCGCCAUAACAUCACGUGUCAUGGAUCGAAUCAAAAGUUUCGACACCUUUACCAAGUCACUGACCACAACGCUACCAACUUCACCAUCACUGCCAACACCACCAAGAUCAUCACCACCACCAAGAUCAACUCCAUCACCAUUGCGCUCUCCAUCACCAUUGCGAUCCCCAUCCCCAUUGCGAUCCCCAUCACCAUCACGAUCCCCAUCACCAUCACGAUCCCCAUCACCGUCGAGAUCCCCAUCACCAUCACAAUCGCCAUCAGCAUCACGAUCCCCAUCACCAUCACGAUCCCCAUCAGCAUCGCGAUCUCCAUCAGCAUCGCGAUCUCCAUCAGCAUCGCGUUCGCCAUCACCAUCACGAUCCCCAUCCGCAUCGCGACCCCAUUCACCAUCGCGAUCCCCAUCAGCAUCACGAUCCAGAUCACCAUCGCGAUCCCCAUCACCAUCGCGAUCCCCAUCUUCAUCAUCACCAUCAUCAUCAUUGGGAUUGGAGUCCUGAUCUGGAAACACAGACGGGUAAAUCCGCAUCACCUUUAUAGCUAACUGAAGGAACUUGUAAUACUUUACUUUGCUGUCUGAUGCUAAUGUUAGAUGGGUGGGUUUAUUUGGCGAUUAACUAAUAGUUCUGUUCUUCUUUGUGGUGAUAGGAGGAGAACACCAGUCUGGAGGAUAUUGAGAGGCUGCUGUAAACAAAAAGAAGAACAAAAUAACAAGUGAGUGAAACUUAAACUGCAGGACCUUUACACACUACAGCUGCUUUCACACAUGUUUUAUUUUGAUGUUUAUUUCUCCCAAAAAAGUGUGGAGCUGAAGCACCUUUUGUGUUACUAAUAAAAAUAAAAUUCUGGAUGUUACUGAGACAGAUAAAAACUGUAGGAAGAAAGUGGAACAUGUUCGUUUAUUUAUUUAAAUCACCAUUUAAAGUCUCUCUGUAUGGACACUGCAUGUUUUUAUUCCUCCUGUUCAUGUUAAUAUUUGGGUCAUCACAUGACACGU